AUGUUAUUUGUCGAAAUUCCGUACAGAUUGGAGUUUCUAGAUAACUUUUACUUAAAAUUUGUAUCGGAAUCCUUGUUAUAUUUACGAAAUGUUGUGUUAUAUAUUUGUUUAUGGGUGUUUGGUUACUUGUGCCUGUGUUGUAUAGUGUACCGUAAAUAUGCUAGGAGAUUACCAACUCGGACUCGCGGAGCUCUAGGAGCUAAGAGAGUACUUAUUGUAAUAGCUCAUCCUGACGAUGAAUGUAUGUUUUUCGGCCCGACCAUUUAUAGACUAUGCGAACAAGGUGCCGAAGUUUAUGUGCUGUGUUUAUCACAUGGUAAUUUUGAAGGAAAAGGCCAAAUAAGGAAGCAAGAACUGUGGGAUGCGUGUAAGGUGCUUGGUGUCCCUGAUCAUAAUGUUUGUCUCAUAAAUGACACAAGAUUGCCAGACAAUCCAAAGGUACAAUGGCCAGUGCCAGUAGUGGCGAAGCUAAUUGAGCACCAAGUGGAAGCCUUGGAUAUAGAUACACUUGUCACAUUUGAUAGAGGGGGUGUGUCGUCGCAUCCUAAUCAUGCAGCCGUGUUUUAUGCUGUUGCUUAUAUGUUUGUAGAAAAGACUAUGUCAGAAAAAUGCACAGUAUACACUUUAGACUCUGUAAAUAUAUUGAGAAAAUACUUAGGAUUCUUGGACUUGCCACUCAGCUUUCUGCUGUCUUCGAAGAGAUAUUUCCUUCGCUGGACUGAAAGUCGCCGAGUGCUGCGCGCGAUGAAGCGACAUAAAAGUCAAAUGGUUUGGUUUAGAUAUUUGUAUGUUAUAUUUUCCAGGUAUAUGGUUAUCAAUACAUUAAGGAAAAUUAACCUAGCCGAUAUUGAACUAGAACUUGAAGUGGAUGAUUGAAAUUGACUUUUUUUGCAAUAUCGUCAUUUUUAAAAAUACUCUGAGAAAAGCUAGUCUAUCCUACAUGUCCUAUAGUUUACUGGUUAAGGACCAUUCCAAUGCCUCAUGUACAAUACAAAUAAUUUGGAUAUAACGUAGAAAAAUAUUAAGACUUGAUGAUGUACAAAAAGAACAACAUUCCCUUCCUUGUAUAAUAGUUUCCAAUGAGUUGUGUCCAAUUUUCAUGUGACUUUUAA